ACACAGUCUCCCUGUUGCUUACUGCUAAACAAUGGAGCGCCACAUACACUGCGCUGCACUACUAUAAACACUAUUCAUAAACCCUAGCUACCUACUCUCUUACUUUGCAUCUUUUUGCAUAUUUUUUGGGAUCUUUGACUCUUUCUUUUUAUAUAUAUAUUCCAUUCUGUAAUCGUUAAGUUAACGUUUCUUCUAUUUGUUUGUACGCCGGAAAUUAUGGCUUCAGCAUGCGUAAACAAAAUGGGUAUGUCGCCGGAGAAGUUUUUGGAUUGUUCUCCGGCUGCGAAGUACAAGUCAUAUGGUUGGUUAAGUCCAAGGAUGUCAUUUAGUAGGGACGGCGAAGGUUCCAAGGUUGCCGGAGCUAAGCAGACGAGUGUUGAAAAUGAUAAGGUGGAGGAAUUAGAUCCAGAAGUUUCGAAAGAUAUGGUGGAUUUUGAGUUUUGCCUUGAAAAUCCGGUAAAUAUGCUGCCAGCUGAUGAGCUUUUUUUCGAUGGAAAGCUGAUGCCGCUUCAUCUCUCUAUGAUCCGUCCUGCUGCUACGACGUCGGCUGCUGUUUCCACUGGUGUAAGAUCGCCGGAUACACCUCAAGUUCGGAUGAGAAAUGAGAUUUGUAAUGCGGAUCCUUAUUUGUUCUCUCCGAAAGCACCGAGGUGUACUACACGAUGGAGGGAGCUUUUAGGCUUGAAGAAACAGAGUCAAAACAACAUUAAUGUCAAGCAGGAAACUCAGAGAACGUCGUCGUUACCGAGCAGUGCUGCUCAUAAAUCCCUGAAAAAUUUCCUUCAUCGCAACUCAAAGUCCUUAAGCACUUCUCUAGACUCGUCUCUUCACCUUCCGUUGUUGAAGGACUCCGAUACCGAGUCCGUUUCAAUUUCUUCUCGAUUAUCCCUUUCGUCUUCCUCUUCUGGCCAUGACUACGAUGAUCUUCCUAGACUCUCCCUUGAUUCAGAUAAACCAAACAGUUUAUCUCGAAAUGCAAAUCAUAUCUCUAAUCACCGCCGGGUUCGAGUUGUGAAGCAUAGAGUGUCAUCAUCUGAUAAUCCCCUUGCUAAUAGAGCUAGCAGAAGCCCCGUUCGUAAACAAUCAGACUCUACUGUCACCACUGUUCGAGGAGCCUCUGUUGAUAGUCCUCGCAUGAACUCGUCGGGGAAGAUUGUUUUCCACAGCCUAGAAAGAAGUUCAAGCAGUCCCAGCACCUUCAAUGGUGGACCCAGGUAUAAACACAGAGGAAUGGAGAGAUCUUAUUCAGCUAAUGUCCGUGUUACUCCUGUUCUCAAUGUUCCCGUUUGUUCCCUUAGAGGUUCUUCAAAAUCAGGGGUCUUCGGAUUUCCCCUGUUUUCUUCUUCAUCUUCAUCUUCUGCUGUAACUGGAAACAAAGCAGGACACCAUCACAGUAACAUCAGACCCAGAACAGAUCGCAUCAAAGAAUGACAGUUUUUUAGGCUAGAAACUUGGUAAUCCUUACCCUUUUUCCGUUAGAUUUUUGAGGGGGUUUUUUCAUGCAAUUUUUCCAGAUUUCUACAGGCUUAGAAAAAAAAAAUCAUGUAAAUAUGCAGGCAACUCUUAGCUUGUUUUACUUCCAUUGUUCUCUUCUUCUUUGCUAACUCUGAUGUUGAAAGCUAAUGUUUUUGAAUUUU